AAAAAGAAGAGGAGGAUCUGGAGGAUAAGAAAUCUAUAAAGAAGAGAAUUAAAGAGCUCAAGGUGCUCGAUGCUAAGAUUGCACAAAAUCUAUCCAUCUUCCUGGGAUCCUUCCGUAUGCCUUAUCAGGAAAUUUGUCGAAUGAUAGUGGAAGUGGAUGAGGAGCAACUCACUGAACCAAUGAUCCAGAACCUUGUGAAGCACCUACCUGAACAAGAGCAGCUGAACGCCUUGGCCAAGUUUAAAAACGAGUACGCCAAUUUGUCAGAGCCUGAGCAGUUUGGGGUUGUGAUGAGCAGUGUGAAGCGGCUGCGUCCUCGUCUCAGCAACAUCCUCUUCCGGCUGCAGUUUGAGGAGCAGGUUAACAACAUCCGUCCAGACAUCCUGGCAGUGAACGCUGCGUGUGACGAGGUCAGGAAGAGCCGCUCUUUCGGACGCUUGCUGGAGCUGGUUCUGCUGCUGGGAAAUUACAUGAAUGCAGGCUCUCGCAACGCCCAAUCAUAUGGCUUCGACCUCAGCUCCCUCUGCAAGCUAAAGGAUACUAAGUCAGCGGACCAAACAACCACAUUACUCCAUUUCCUGACGCAAGUAUGUGAGGAGGAGUUUCCAGAUGUGAUCUCGUUUGUUGAAGACCUGGACCAUGUAGACCGAUCUAGCAGAGUGUCUGCAGAGAAUCUGGAAAAGAGCCUCAGGCAGAUGGAGAGGCAGCUGCUGCAGCUGGAGAGAGACCUGGAGACUUUCUCCUCCCCUGAUGACCCCAACGACAUGUUCUUCACUAAAAUGGCUAGCUUCGGAAAGGUUGCCAGGGAGCAGUAUGACAAGCUGGUGAUAAUGCACGGCAACAUGGAGACGCUGUAUCACAACAUGCUGGAGUACUUUGCCAUUGAUCCCAAGAAGACCUCUGUUGAGGAGCUGUUCACUGAUCUCAGCAACUUCCGUGCCAUGUUCACUCAAGCUCUAAAGGAUAACCUGAAGCGGAGAGAAACGGAGGAGAAGCAGAGGAGAGCACGUGCAGCGAAGGAGAAAGCUGAGCGUGAGAAGCAAGAGAGACAGCAGAAGAAGAGGAGGCUGCUGGAAGUCAAUGGAGAGAAUGAUGAGACAGGUGUGAUGGAUAGUUUGCUGGAAGCCCUACAGUCUGGAGCUGCAUUCAGAGACCGCAGGAAGAGAGCACCAAGACCCAGAGAUAACCAGCAGAAGACAAUCAGCCCCAGCUCCUUCCGCCAGGUUCUCAGGCCUGUUAACCAUGAAAACAACAAGGUACCUUUACAAAGGUCUCGCUCUCGGCAGAAUAUGAAUUUAGGUUCAGCGGUGUUGAAAGCUCCCCCUCCCAAGGAGGCCCACAAUGAAUCUGAGGGUCACCCGUCUUCGGCCCGGACGAAGGAGGCGGGCCGCAGGUACAGGAACAACCCGGCUCCGAGCCACUGGCUGAGCAGGGAGAGGGCGGGUGACAGAGAGACGGUGAGGAGCACUGAGAAAGAGACGGAGGUGGAGAAAGAGCCUCCGUCCCUUCUGCUGUCCUCCACUGUUCCUGCGGUGAACAGCUGUAGCUCCAACGGAGAGUCCGAUGUGGAGGCUCUCCUGGCCAGACUUAGGGCGUUGUGAGGUUUGUUUUUCACAUUAGCUCUGAAUUGGCAAAUAUGUACAGCUGACAGUCUGUUAGUACCUGCAGAUAUUAACAUAGUGAAUGUGACCAAAAAGAUUAAACUUCAUAAAGUCAUCAAAAAAGCAGAACAUUUAGUAAUAAAGAUUAUGAAGGAUUUAUGAGGUGUAAAGUAGCAGGGCAAAUCAUUUAAGAUUUAGAUUCACUGUAGCUAACCAAACAAAGAUACUUUUUAAGAGCUUCAUAGAAAAUAUGUUUGUAUAAAAGUACCAUUUGAGGACCAAGCUUUUAACACUUAGACAUCAAUCACUCAGUUGUUCAGGUAGAGCUCAGAUAGAUGGUCAAACAGAAGGACACUUCAAAUAGAUAAUAUAUUACAAAAGUUGUGAUCGAAUAAAAACACUUAAGCACAUUUGUCAUACAGCCCAAAUACGAUAAGAAGAAGACUCUCAAACCUGAUCCUGUAGAGUGCACUGCCCAAAGCUCUUGGCUAUCAUUUAUAUCUUCAUUCAAAUUUGAAUAAAACUUCAUACUCAGAAAGUAAAACAUGCGACAUAGCUAAGCACUUAUUGUGUGAUCCAGAACUAUGCAAUUUCCCAAAUAAAUUACAGCCGAUUCCUAAAAAUGCUAAUAAACCUUUAUCCUAUCCUUUAUCUUGUCUUACCUUUAGUUUAGUUUACGAUGUAUGCUACACUUAAAACGUAAAGCUAAUUUCUGCUUUUAUUACUUUCAUUAUUUAAUUACUAUCCUCUCUCUUUUUGUGUUCCUGUGUGAGUCCUUUCCACCCUGUGAUGGGGUGUCUUUUAUAUUCAAAGCAUUGAUCGCAUUGUUUGUAUUAUCUAAAAAUAAAAAAUCCCAAAAAUAUGUAUUCUAUAAAACUAUAAAUAUAAAAACACAAAAGAUGCAAGUAAUGACAUAUGAUUGUAUUACAGUAUGUGUUACAGUUUUAAGAAGUUGGUUUUGAUUGUACUAUAUCUGUCUCUGUCAUUGAUGGUGAAAACAUCUCUACAGUGGGAAAAGUCUGCAGUAAGGGAACAGUAUCGGAGAGUGUUUUGUUCACAAUGUGGCACGAAAAAAACAAGUUAUUCCAUCCAAAAUGUAACCAGAACUGAUGCUGCUUUUUUUCUCCUACACUCCCACCAAAAUGACUCACAUUUGUACCUUUAUUUGCUCACUUUUAUAGUCCUAUUUGCAAUAAACUGAAGAA